AUGGCUGCAGGUGACAAUCGCAUUGAUAGCAAUAACGAAGUGGUUCCGGGUUGGAUAGCCAUAGAAAUCGCUUGUAAGUCAUGCCUCGAAAAGGGAUGUGAAGCAAUCGAUCAAUCUCUUAAUCUUGAUUUUGACCCCGAUGGUGAUGAGAUUAACACCCCUCUUAACACAAACCCGGAUCUCCAACAACAAUCGGAUCCCCAACCUAAGUCAUCGAUUUCUUCAACUACAAUAGUAAUCAAGGCUAUCCGAUUCUUUGCUUGGUAUUUAUUUAUGUAA